CUCCUCUGCUAUCCUGCUGACUGUGAUCCACGCAUGACGAAACAUGGCCAACGGAGGCAACAAUACCACAUUAUAUAGUGACCUACUCUUCACAAGCGAUCUCACGUUGCACCAAGACUUUUCUGUCGACGGGAGCAUAUACACUAAUCACCAAGUCGUAUGGCCAAUAGAGAAAUGUAUAGACGAGCAUCUCAUCAACGACUCCAAUAUUGACAUAUCCAAAAUGUACAUGUAUAAUGGAUCUCUUGUUUCAUGUUUGGAACACGCUCCUAUUCUCACUAAAAGUACUGUAAUCAGAGCCAGUGUACUCUCAGCGAUGGCCAUUUUAUCCUUCUUCGGUAAUUUGGCCACGAUUAUCAGCAUACAAAGGGGCAAGAGGGGGCGAGGGAGAGCGAGGCCAUCUUGGACUGCAAUAUACAGCUUGAUAUUCCAACUGAGUAUAGCAGAUUUGUUGGUGACAAUAUUUUGUAUAGCCGGAGAAGCGGCAUGGUCGUUCACAGUGCAGUGGUAUGCGGGAAAUAUAGCAUGCAAAAUAUUUAAAUUUCUGCAAAUGUUUGCGCUGUACCAAAGCACAUUUAUACUAGUUCUGAUAGGAGUGGACAGAUGGCUUGCUGUAAAAUAUCCUAUGAAAAGUAUGGCUACGGCAACUAGGAGUGGAAGGCUCGUCGUCAUUGCUUGGGUGUUGAGUGUGGUACUAAGCAUUCCGCAGACAGUCGUAUUCCGAGUGGCAAAGGGGCCGUUCGUAGAAGAGUUUUACCAGUGCGUCACCCACGGAUUUUACACGGAGCGAUGGCAAGAACAAGCGUACACCACUCUUUCACUGGUCUUCAUGUUUGUUCUACCUCUGGUCAUACUCAUAUCCACUUAUGUGUCUACUGUCCGGACGAUAGCGCGUGAGUACAUA